UGAUGAUGGUGUGUGUGGACAGGGUGGCGGGGAGACCUUUUUGUGGCAAUUAUCUUGUUUGCAGAUGAUUUGAGCUCAUUCAAUUCCAGUCACUCGAUGAAGAAAGCAGUGGGAAAGGCGUCUGCAAUUCCGAGGGCUACGAUCGCUCCGUCAAGGUCGGUAGAUCGUCUUUGGAUCCGCUGCUUCAAAUGGGCCGUCUGUGUCUGCAUGCUCACUGACAAAUCCACUUUUGUUGCUGUUGUUUGGGGGGGGUGGAGGGUUCCACUUGAGGUGCUGAUGUUGAAAACAAUUUGAAAUGAUUUAUUUUGGUGUCAUCUCCUAAUGACACAAAGCUCACAUUUCACUUAUUAUAUCCCUUGUAUCUACAUUUCAGUCUCUGCGCACUUUCCUUGAGUUUGCUCACUCCUUGUACUUUCGCCGGUGUUUUUUUAAUUAUGUUUUCAACUAUGGGUAUCUGUCUGACAACUUUGACCUCCCCUGUCCAGUACCAAGCGUCCAGUGACCGGUCCGCGGCCAGUUUGUUCUGAAGGCAACCGAAAGCUUCGGGAGGGUGGGACUUUAGAGGGCUGCCAUUGGUCAAUUUCCAGAACCGCCUGAAUACCAGGCGCCCGAUUGGCCGAUAUUGCAGUCGGUCACGAACCGUUUUGAAGUAGCCCCUCCCUUCUUUGCACCAACUCGACGUCCGGCCGAAAGCGGCAUUUUGACGAAAACCUCCAAUUCGGCCGCGUUUUGAAAAGCCAAACUCGCGUGAACGCACUCUCGCUCGUUAGAUAGGAGGUUCGGAUUCCCUUCGCUGAGUUGCCACCCCCUCCCCGCAAUUGUGGCUGCCGACGCGACCCGUCAGGACCAGAGCAGUGUCGGCCACCACUCGUCGACGCCUCGUUGAGCGACGCAGUUAACCCCCCCCCCCCCCCCCCCCGUCUCCCAAAUUUGCACACACCUGUCUCCGUUAGUCGACAACAUCUAUCCACAACGGUCUCGCCUCCGCCGGAGCACGACGACAAUGACGUCGAAGUGACCGAAAGAGCACACCGGUGUCGCCUCGAAACUUUAGGCUCAGCGGUGGGGGGUCCGCUUCAGUUUUAUUUCAAAGCGCCCGUACCGUCCUCCUCCCACCAGCAUGUCGGUCAAAGAGAACCCCUGUGGGAAAUUCCAAGCCAACAUUUUUAACAAGAGCAAAUGUCAGAAUUGCUUUCAGCCUCGAGAGUCCCACCUGCUCAACGACGAAGACCUUCGCCAGGCCAAGCCCAUCUACGGAGGAUGGUUGCUGCUCGCGCCGGAGGGAACCCAUUUUGACAAUCCUUUACACAGAACUCGGAAAUGGCAAAGGCGUUUUUUCACCCUCUACGAGCACGGCUUACUCCGCUACGCGCUGGAUGCACUGCCCGGCACUCUUCCCCAGGGGAUCAUCGAUAUGAACCGGUGCUCCGACGUCACGGACGCAGAGUCCAGGACGGCUCAGAAGAACUCCUUGUGCGUCCUGAGCCCUGGAAAGGAGCGCUUCCUUCGAGCCGAAUGUAAAGAAACCAUCAACGGAUGGCGGCAAGCUCUGAGCGUGUACCCCAGAAGCAACAAGCGCAACCAGAAGAAGAAGCGCAAGAUGGAGCCGCCCGCUCUGCAGGAACCGGGCCCGGCCAAAGUGACGCUGACCGGCGACGGAGACGGCAUCCCCCGCCUGCCCGGCUCCUCGCGUGGGCCGAUGGGCCGGGGCACCUUGCGGCAGGAGGAGAAGCGGCGGAUUGGGGCCGCCGCGAGCCGCGGCGCCUCAUCUCUGGACUCCGCCUGCGCCGCUCAAGACGAUGGUGGCGCGACGAGCGCCGGACGCAAAGCGCCGGCCCAGAGCCGUUACUUUUCCCCGGAGAAGACGGAGUCCGAGCCCUCUCGGAAACCCGCGCGGAGUUCCCGAGCGCUUGGACUCGCCCCCGGCUACGCUUCCGAAGCCAAAGCCCCAAUUUCUCUGGCGCGCCCCGGCUACUCCGCCGUCGCUUCCUCCCGGACCCCCCCGGACCGCCAAGCCAACGAGGAGACGCCCUCCCGGGAGGGCCGCCGCGCGGGGGGUCGAGGCGGCGCCGUGACCUCCCGCGAAGCCUUCGGUCCAGAGAAAAAGCCAGCGGACCUCGGAGCGCGCGCCCAAAGUCCCGGACGUGAAGAGGUGGCCCGGCUGUUCGGGGAGGAGCGCAGACGUUUGACAGCCAUCGGCCGAUUUGAGGAAAGUCCAAACGCAGGGCCAACGGACACGAGCGGCUGCGGCGAAGCGUCGUCGGACGUCAGCGACGCGGGGAAGGAGCGCCGGGUCCCGAAAGCGUCCGGCUGCGCUUUUGCAAACUUGCCACCAGCCAAAUCGCCGGACCGCCGAGUCACCGGCUCCGCCGCGGCGGCCCGUCCGCUCAACGUCAAAAAAGGAUGGAUGACCAAGCUGGACCAAGAUGGAACGUGGAAGAAACAUUGGUUUGUUCUCGCUGGCCAGAGUCUGCGCUACUACAAAGACUCGCUCGCCGAAGAGGCUUGCCACGCGGAUGGCGAGAUCGAUCUUUCCACGUGCUCCGACGUCCAAGAGUUCCCGGUCCAGAGGAAUUACGGCUUCCGAAUCCUGUGCGGAGGAGGCGCGCGCACCCUGUCGGCCAUGACCUCCGGAAUCCGCCGCAACUGGAUCCAGGCCAUCGGCGAGAACGCUCGAGCCGCCGUCGCCCCCGAUGACGCUCGAUCUGCCCCCGAGGUGAAUCCCGAAGGACGGGCGCCCCCGGAGCCGCGCCAAGGGGUCCGGCCCGAGCCGAGCCCCCGUCCCGAGCCCCCCGACGCCGUCGGCCGCUCAAAGACCUCUGACCGGUCGCCGUUCCAAAUCCACCCGACGGGCGAGCCGGCGAAGGAGCGGGCGGACGCCGUCCGCCGCGGCCCGUCGCUUUCCGCGACCGCGUCCCGCCGCUCCUCCCCUUCCUCGUCGUCCCCCUCCCCCGUCCCCGCCUCGGCCCCGCCGAGCCCCCGCGUAUCGGGCGCCCGCCCCGCCUCGCCGAUAGAAGACGACGUGAGCCGACCGCCAAACGUCCUUCUCCCGAAGUCUCCCGCGCGGCCGUCCUCUCCGGAAAGUCCGCGGCGAGGAAGAAUGCCAGUCGAGCGCGACGUCGAGGCGGACACGUGCGGCGCGGCGUCGAGCGCGAGAGAGGAGAUCGAGCGGCGCUGGCUCCGGGUGGAGACGACGCCACUGAGGGAAGAGAAGCGAGUGGCCAUCGGCGCGUCUUCAGAGAACUCCCGCGCCGACGGAGCGCCGGUGCAGCGGCUGGCCGCGCUGCUCCGCAAAGAGUUGGGACAGAAGCAAAAAGUGUUGGAGCAGCUUCAGAGACAGAACAGCGUGUUCCAGGAGCAGCUGGAAGAUGCGCUGGCAAGAGAAGAAAGUGCCAGACAUGGCUAUGUCCUACAAAGUGUAACAGCGCCUUCCUCCUCACCGCAACACUCGCACGAGCUGAAGCGCGACUCGCGCAGCGCCUUGGAAUCCCCGCAACGCCAACAGGUCCUCGUCCGGCGGCAGAUUCAAACGCUUGAAAGGAACCCCGCCGAAGCCCGGACCGCUUCGGACCGCCGCGAGGCCCGCGUCGAAGACCCGCGGUCCAGGCCGGCAUCCGCCUCGGCGGAAAUCUCGGCGAGCGAGCGAGCCGGGGCUCGCGUGCGCGAUGAACUCGAGUCGGAGCGAGACCGAUCAAAAGAGCAAGAGGAGGAACGCGGACGCACCGAAGCCACCCCGCCGGCCCGGCGAAAGGACGGCCAAAGUCGACUCCUUUGGGAGAGAAGCCGGGUUCUUGGGCUCCCGGAGCACCGCGCCGGGGAGAUCCGGAGGCUACGGGGAAGACUCCGGCAGGUGACGGCACGCCUGCUCGCCACCGAAGAAGGUCGGGCGCUGACGGAGCAACGCUUGAGAAAAGAGCGGCGCCGCCUCCGAGAGAGUCACGAGAGGGAGAGACAAAGUCUGCGUCGAAGAAUAGCCGAAGCCGAGGCCGGGCUACUGGAGGCCAAACGGCAGCUGGAGGCCCCGCUCGGAAGAGAACGCGGCGAGCGAUCGCCGAAGCCGCGGCGACGGCCGACCCCGACCAGCGACGCGUCCGAGUCCCCGAGGGAGAGCGUGCGCAGACUGGAAGAUGAGAAGGGGCUGCUCGCGCACCGCUGCCGGCGGCUCCUCGAGCGCACCGCCGGGGCCGAUCGGGAGGUCGGCGAGCUUUGCGCUCGCCUCGAGAGGCAACGGGCGGAUUAUUGCUCCCUGGAAAACUCGUACGAGAGGGCCGCCCGAGAGUCUCGGAGAAUGAGACGAUCCCUCAGAGGGAAAGAGCAAGAGAUCCUUCAGACCCAGGCGCUGUACCGAAGCCUGUUGGAAAGCAAAGAGGAGGACUUGAAAGAAGCUCUCGUCAAAAUGAGCGCCCUCGCCAACCACUUGGAGGAAACGGAACGGAAGCUGCGAGCUAAGGAGGACCUUCUUUCUCAAACCGCUCGAAGUCUCGCGGAGCCACUUGAGGCCGACGCCGCCCGACAAAAUCCAAAAGCCCGGCCGGCGGCGGCAGAGAACCGGGAAGGCCGUCAAACUUUGACUUCAGACGGAGAGUCGUUCGGCGCCGCGUCGAGAACGGAAGACUCCGCCGCCGACGACGAGUCCCGAGCGGAGCAAACCGCCGCCACCUUUUCCGACGCUCGGCGCCACGCGCGUCACCGUCCGGGCGAUCGGCGUUCCUUUGACCGUGCCAGAAACCAGCGAGACUUUGAUCCAGCCCAAGCGCCGACGCGCGCCGGCGACUCCGACGAGUUGAUCUCCAUGGUACGCGCUCCGGAAACAAAAGCGCUCGCUGCCGAGGAAAAGCUCAAAAGCCCCACUCGCACUGGGACAAAUGAGCCCGGCGGAUGUGAACGCGCGCCUGGGAUGGCGACGGGAACCGCCGCUCACGCCGGGGCCCUCCUUUGCGUGGAGACCGGCCGCCGGAAAGUCGAGGCUUUUUUGCCCGGCUCUCGUGACCGCGCCGGGUCGCCGCUUCGCUCCUUGUCGGAGGUGCGACGCCAACUGUCCCGCGCGUCGGCGCGUGGACAAAAGACCUCGGAGGAGCAAUGGCCCCGUCAAACGGCGGAACUUUCCCAGCAAGAAGCGGUUCCUCGCUUUGCCCAAAUGCUCUCUUUGGAGGCUCUCCUUUUGGAUGAAAUGGCUUUGCUGGUGCGGACGUCCGAGUCCGACCUUCUCCUCCAAACGCCGACCGCGAUACGGGAAGAUGUCGAGAACAUCCAAAGCGGCGACGACCAUUGUUUGGCCGUAGUCUACGCCGACGUCUCGACCAGAAAGUUGAUGUCGGAGACCGCCGUGCGCCGGCAAGAGCCGGAGCGAGAGGCCAAGCCCCGCGGGGGGGUUUCCAACGAGGUCGACGCGAGAGCCGAGGCGGCCGUAAACGCCUCCGCCGUCUUUCGCGCCUUGGUCAAAGCGGAACUCUCCUCCGCCGUUCGUAACCUGAAGCUCGACUACCGAGAGAAAUUGCGGCUGCUCCGAGGGGAGCUCUCUCAACGGGAAAGGGCCCCGAAAGCGAUUAUCGAGGCGUCCGAGAGGGCGGACUGGAAAAGCCACGUCCGAGAGGCCCAAGCCCACUUUGGCUUGGGCCCGGCGACCUCGUCGGCCGCCCUCUGCCCGCCUGAACUGGCGGCGUACGCGGAGCAGAUCCGAUUGCAAGAAGCCCGCGAUCUGGCCGAAAAAGUUGUGGAGCGGCGUUUGGCUGACCGGAUGCCACCCGGCGCCGCCAAGGAGCGGCACCGGAAUCGUGUGAAAAAGCUCAAGGACGACUUUGAGCGGCAAAUCGCUCAGAUUGGCCGAGACGAGGCCGUCGGCUGGCAUCCCGCUCCGGGGCAAAGCGUCGCCGAGCUGCGGCCGAAUGGGAGCCGCCGCCGGGUGGCCUCGUCGCCGACGGAAGCGGGGGAACGGCGGACCGUGUCCGAGGGGGACGCCGCCGCGGGGCUUCUGAAGGACAGGAUCCGCCAACUGGAGGCUCAGAUGAACGCCUUGAGGGAGCAACUGGAGAACGAGCGCCUGGAGGGCCACGUCGCCGGCCUGAGGGGCAAAUACCAGAGAGACUCGGAAAGUCUGAAGGCCACGUGCGAGCGUGGCUUUGCGGCAAUGGAAGAAAGCCACCGCAAGGUGGUGGAGGACCUCCAAAGGCGGCACCAGAGGGAGAUUUCCAAACUGACGGAGGAGCGCGAGAGACUCCUGGCCGAGGAGACGGCCGCCACCGUCGCCGCCAUCGAAGCGAUGAAGAAUGCACACGAGGAGGAACUGGAGAAGAACCGGCGCUCCCAGCUCAGCGGACUCGACGCCGAUAUCGAUCAACUUCGACUACAAUACCGGGAGGAGCUGCGGUCCGUCCAGAGGGAGCUGGAGGUUUUGUCCGAGCAGUAUUCUCAGAAAUGUCUGGAGAACGCCCACCUGGCUCAGGCCCUGGAGGCCGAGCGGCAGGCCCUCGGGCGGUGUCGGCGAGAGAACCGGGAGCUCCGCGCUCACAACCAGGAAUCGAACGGCCGUCUGAGUGCGGAGAUCGCACGCAUGCGCUCGUGCCUAAGCGGGGAGACGGCGCUGUCCCCCGUCACGCCGGGCAAAGACGUCUACGAGCUGGAGGUGCUGCUGCGCGUCAAGGAGUCCGAGAUUCAGUAUCUGAAAGGGGAAAUCCACUCUUUGAAGGACGAGCUGCAGUCGGCUCUGAGGGACAAGAAGUACGCCACGGACAAACAUAAAGACAUCUACGCCGAGCUGAGCGUCGCCAAAGCCGAAGCCGACUCCCAUAUUGGCAAACUGAAGGAGAAACUCCACAUGGCCACCCACGCUUCGGGCGACGGGACCGUUUGGUCCGGCUACGACAUCAUGAAAUCCAAAAGUUACCCCGACUUGACGAAAAAAGAACAGACUACGACCUCCGAGCCAUCCGCCAGUGGCGGCUCAAAGAGCCUGAAAGAAGGACUGACCGUUCAAGAGCGCACCAAGAUGUUUCAGGCAAAAGAAUCCGAAAAGAUCUGAAUGUCAACAGCCCAGAACCUUCUCUCUAUUGACAACCCCCCCCCCCCCCACACC